AUCAAAUGGCGGCCCCCUUCCAAAUGCUCCAGAAAGCAACAACCCUGGGAACCAUCCAACCCUACUUUCUCUUUGCAACCAUUUUUUUACUAAUUCUGCUUAAGCAUCUCUCAAAGGGAAAACAUGGAAGAAGAAAGCUCAAUCUCCCACCAGGUCCUUCAAAGUUACCUAUAAUAGGCAACCUUCACCAACUAGGUAACAUGCCUCACCUCUCUCUUUGCCGUCUCUCUCAGAAAUUUGGCCCUAUCAUUCACUUACAACUAGGUGAAAUCCCGACUGUGGUUGUAUCCUCUGCUAGAAUAGCAAAAGAAGUAAUGAAGACCCAUGACCUUGCUCUUUCAAGCAGGCCCCGAAUCUUUUCUGCCACACACCUACUUUACAAUUGUACUGACAUGGCCUUCUCCCCUUAUGGUGCUUACUGGAGGAAUAUCAGGAAGUUAUGCAUACUUGAGCUCUUGAGUGCCAAACGAGUAGAGUCAUUUAGGUUCAUAAGACAAGAAGAGGUUGCGCGUUUGGUUCAUCGGAUUACAGAGUCAUAUCCAGGCACAACUAAUCUUAGUAAGAUGCUUGGAACCUAUGCAAAUGAAAUUGUUUGCAGGGCAGCCUUUGGUAGGGGUUUCAUAGAAGGAGGUGAGUAUGAUCGGCAUGGGUUCCAAACCAUGUUUGAUGAGUUUCAGGAGCUGCUCGGAGGACUUAGCUUGGGAGAUUUCUUCCCUUCCAUGGAAUGGAUACACAUGUUAACAGGUGUGAAAUCAAGACUAGAGUGCACCGUUAAACGAUUUGAUUGCUUCUUCAAUGAGGUAAUUGAGGAGCAUCUCAAUUCCAAGAAAAAGAAAGGGGACCAUCAAGACUUUGUGGACGUUUUACUUGAAAACAAGAACAGCGACUUCAGUGAUAUGCCUCUUACCAUGGACAACAUCAAAGCCAUCAUCUUGGACAUGUUUGCUGCAGGAACAGACACAAACUUCAUAACCCUUGACUGGGGAAUGACUGAGCUUAUCAUGAACCCAAGAGUGAUGAAAAAAGCACAAGCUGAAGUAAGAAGCAUUGUUGGAGAUAGAAGAAUAGUAUUAGAAGAUGAUCUACCUCAGAUGGAGUACUUGAAAGCUGUAACCAAAGAGAUCUUCCGAUUGCACCCUCCUGCUCCACUACUUCUCCCAAGAGAAUCCAUGGAAGAACUAACCAUAGAUGGGUACGUCAUUCCUGCCAAAACUCGCUUCUUUGUCAAUGCUUGGGCUAUAGGAAGGGAUCCAGAGUCUUGGAAGAACUCAGAAAUGUUCGAACCGGAAAGAUUCAUGGAAAGCAAUAUUGAUUUCAAGGGGCAGGAUUUUGAAUUGAUACCAUUUGGGGCUGGCAGAAGAAGUUGCCCUGCUUUAGCUUUUGCAAUUGCAUCUCUUGAGCUUCCUCUCGCUCAACUUCUUUACAGCUUCGACUGGGAACUUCCACCCGGUAUCCAAGCCAAGGAUUUAGAUAUGACUGAAGUCUUUGGCAUCUCAAUGCACAGGAAAUCCAAUCUGAUUGUUGUUGCAAAGCCAUAUAUGCCCUGACUAUGAAAUCUGAAUAUAAACUUCCACUACCCAAAUCCUACUAAAGAAGUUUGAACCCAAUAUGACGUACCCUAUAUUUGAGACUUUCCAUUCCAUAUUACAUAGUUUUCCGCCACCUAUGAGGCUAUAUAUUCUUGCAAUCUUCUUGAGAUGUUUAGUACUACUGUUUGGAAAGGUAUCCGAAAGUGCCGGCCAUUUCCAAGAGUCGUCAUCCCUUUUGGCAUGGAAUGGAGAUGGGAUCAGAAAACCUUGAACGACAAA